GCAAACUCUUCUGGAAAGGAAAGCAAGGGGUGGGAGGGAAUAAUAGGGUUUUUGAACCAAGAAGCCGAAGCCAGGAGGGAAAGAGCCUUGGAAAGGUUGUCUUUCAGUAUAAUGAGGCUGGACAACUGAGAGGGAAAGCUCCCAUGCUCUGAAGGUAAACCAUUCCCCCUUUCUACAAGUUUCCGGAACAUUCUACCUCCGGUCUUCUGCUGGCAAAUUGGAAAUGGAUCCAGAACAGAGAAACCCGCCAGAAACCCAGCUCCAAGCUGUGUUCAAACAAGGGAUGUCCCUCUGCAUGAAAAUGGAGGAGCAAGAGCAAGGAAGCCUAAGGCCAUGGGAAAGAUUAGCAGGAGAAGGAAAAUGUUCCCUUGGCCUCCAUGUUGAGGGUGUCCAAGAUGGGGGAUUCCUCCAGAAGAGAUCCAGAGAACCAAUUAAACAGGAACCAGAGGAAGGGUUACUUCAGCACUGGGAUGCCCAGUGGCAGGAGUUUUUGAAGACAGUGGAUUCCCCUCUCUCAGGCUGGGGAGCCACCCCAUUGCCCAAGGAGCCCACACCGUGGGAUGACACCCAGGCCUUCCUGGUGGCCUUUGAGCAAGUGGCUGAGGCCUGCCAGUGGCCCAAGGAAGAGUGGGUGACCCGUCUCCUGCCGGCCCUCAGUGGAGAAGCCGAGCAAGCCUUUGGCAGGUUGGAUCUCAAAGACAAAGAGGAUUAUGGGAAGGUGAAGGCAGCCAUUUUGAGACAGGACGCUCUGGCCAGGGAGCGUUGGUGCCACCGUUUCCGACAUUUCUGCUACCAGGAGGCUGAAGGGCCAAGAGGUGCUUACAGCCGUCUCCGGGAAGUUUGUCACCAGUGGCUCAAAGUGAAAAAACACACCAAGGAGCAGAUUCUGGAGCUGCUGAUCUUGGAGCAGUUCCUGACCAUCCUGCCACCAGAAAUCCAGAGUUGGGUGCGAGAGGUUGGGCCAGAGAAUUGCUCCCAGGCGGUGGCCCUGGCUGAGGAUUAUCUGCAGAUGCAAAGAGAAACAGAGAUGCAGGAAAAGCAGAUGUCAUUUGGAGAGGCAUCAUCUGAGGAACCAAGCUUCGAAUCAAGGCAGGUUGUGACUGACACAGGACAGAGGCAGCAGUAUCAGGAGGCCAGGCUUGAGGGCGAGCAUGGAGAUACUUGCUCACAAGAUUAUGCACAAGAGGAAGAGGGUGAGAAGCAAAGUGACCCACCUGCAAGAUUUGAAUCUGAGGAGCCCUCCCAAAAAAGAGUUUCCGAGACUCAUAAAGUAGGGGAUGCCAUUGAGGAUCAAACUGAACUGAAGAGUCACCAAAGGGGACAUCUGAGGGACAGGACAAGGGAAAUGAUCCCAUGUGCAACAAGUGAGAAAUCUCUUGGGGAAGCUGCAGCACAGUCACAAGGAAUAUGUGGUGAUCUAGGAGAAAGAUUGGAAUGGGAUUCAGGCCUUAUAAAAUAUGAAGAGAUGAAUAUACAGGAACUCAUUUACCAAGGUGAGAAGGAGAAAGUUUUGCACUGUCAGGAGCACCACCUCCUGAGACAUGUGAGGGGAAAACCGUACCAGUGUUCCUAUUGUGGGAAGACUUUCAGCCGCAGGUCGCACCUAGUGACACAUGAGAGGACUCACACGGGAGAAAAACCCUACGAAUGCUCAUACUGUGGGAAGACCUUCAUCCAGAGCUCCCACCUCGUCCUCCAUGAGAGGACCCACACAGGUGAGAAGCCUUAUAAGUGUUGCACCUGUGGGAAGAGCUUCAGCAGCACCUCAAAUCUUCUUGCCCAUGGCCGGACCCACACAGGGGAGAAGCCCUACAAAUGUGUGGUGUGUGAGAAGGGCUUCAUCAGCAGGUCACACUUAAAACGGCACCGGAGGAAUCACAGCAGUGAGAAGCCGCCAUCAGGAAGAUAUGGUGCUGGGGAAAGCUUAUGCUUGAACUAGUUUUUUAUAAGAUAUAUGCACACAGAAGAAUCCAUACUGGAGAAAAGCCCUGCCAGAGUAUCCGUUGUAUUUCACAGGAAGAAGAAAAACAGCAGUCACACAUACUCACAUCUAUGUACAUCAGAGGUAGGCAGUUGUGGCUAAUUCUCCCCAGACUCUCCUCCUCUAGACUGCCCCUUCCAGAGCAAGCCAAAAUACCUGUUUUCCUCAGCAUGCCUUCUCAAAAUAGUGAAAGGAAUUGAUGUUGCAUCAUUUUCUGUCACUAUUAUGAGGGACUGCAGAGGAAAAUGGAGGUAUUUGGAAGUUGUACAGUGUUCUGGAUGCCAAUCAGUGGGGUUAUUAUGAUGUAUUUUUGUAUGGUCUGGGGGCAAAAACUGUCUGAAAAUCAUACCAUUUUUUAAAAGAGGGGUCUUUGGAGAACUACUAGAGCAGCAAUUCUCAAUCUGUGGGUCGCGACCCCUUUGGGGUGAAUGACCCUUUCACAGGGGUUGCCUAAGACCAUCGGAAAACACAUAUUCCCAAUGUUUUUAGGAACCGAGACACAUGGUUGGGGGUCACCACAACAUGAGGAACUUUAUUAAAGGGUUGCAGCAUUAGGAAGGUUGAGAACCACUGUGCUAGAGUAUUCAGGGACUACAAAAGGGGGGGGGGGGGGUCCAAGGACCUCGUGCAGCCUAUAUGCUAUACAUUGCCCAUUCUGAUCUAAAUCAGUUGGAUGACAUAGACCUUCAGAUGACAUUAGACUACGGUUCCCAGCAUUCCUCACCACUGGAUGUGCUGCCUAGGAUUUGUAGUCUGAUAACAUCUGGAGAUCUACAAGACCCCAAGCUGAUACGGAUAGAUGCACGCAUACCCAAAUAUGGUCCUGAUUGUAACUGAAAGAAACCACAUCCAUAAAUGCACCUUUUUGCAACCUGCUGACCUCCAAAAGUUUGGGACUACAACUUCCUAUGGAACUUGCCAUCCUGGCCAGUGAGGGGGGAAUGAUAAGUGUUAUAAUGGAAAACACCUUCAGGGUGCCACAGUGUUUGACCACUGGUCCUGUGCCCUGAAUUGGCCAGCUCUAUUCCCCAUGUCUAUCCUCAUGCUGUUGGGUUGCAGUAACCACUACUGGUUAUGCUGGCUAUUGAACUGAGUGGAGUUGCAGACUCCCAACAUCUAAAGAGCAACAUAAGUCCCAUCCAUGCAAUAUGGAUUCAUGUAGGAAAAUUGGACUGCUGGGGGGGGCACACUGGUCCUCCAAGAGACUAUGGAGGGCUGUACCCUGCUCUGCAAAGAAAAUAAUAAAUUAUAGGGGCUUUUUGUUCCAAAAUGCUCUCUACUAGGCAUGGUGGGUAUUUUUACACUAUUUGGAGACUGUCUUGGGCCAUUUGGAACAACUGCCACAUGUGGCAGUUCUAUUUUGAGUUUUCUGAGGUUGACCACUCCUCAAGCGGCCCAUCUGCAGUAGAUAUUUAAUUAAGGUCAGAUGAUAUAGUGUCAUUGCAUGCCUCCCGUGCCCACAGAGUGGUAAUCAUUACAAGAAUCCCACGUCUGAAGAAAAAGAUGUUUGAUGUCAAGGCUGGUGGUUAGUCUUGUCCGCACAUUUUCGAAUCUAUCUAUGCCUUGUCCACAUCGUCAUAAUUGGUAGCAUAACUCUCUAAACCUUGUCCACCCAUGGGUCAAAAUCGGUUAUAAUGUGUCAAAUCCGGUCAUUGUCAAAAUCAGUACCCAGUUGGGUACGCCCAUUAGCACCCUAGCAGUAGCUGAAAGAAGUUGUGUCAAUUCCCCAGCCAGCACUGUAGGGAACCAUGUAUGCAUCCCAGCAGUAGCUAAAAGGAACUUGGGCAACUUAUAGUGCAUAAAGAUACACUAUAAAGAUGUUUUAAGGGGUUGAUGCGAUCCCACACUUAGCCAAGUGUAUUACUCGUUUUCCGGUGGGGCCACGAGGAGGCUGAACUUUUUCCCACCCCUGUUUAUGGAUUAACAAGUGGCAUGAGAAGGGCUGUUCACUUAAGUCUGAGUGGGAGCAUCACAUUAGUUUUAAUGUUUCAGUCAUGUGUAUAUUUGCAAAGUGGCCACCCAAGGAGGAGAGGACUCACUAUUUGCUUUUAUAUUACAGAAAUGAGUGAAGAGUAGCUUUGGGCCUACUAGGUGGGCUCAUUGCAAGAAAAGAACUUGCAUUUGUUAACAUACCAGGUUCCCAUUGACUUGAUGGCACUACUGAGGUUGGUAAGAAGAACAAGGAGCACAUCUCAAGAUGUUCAAAAGAUACUUUUUUUAUUAGCUCUGAAGGCCUUCUUCAGAGGGCCACCAAGAAACAAAUAAAUGGCUUCGGGUUUUCCUGGUUCAGAAAUUUCUGAGGAGGGCAACUUCUGUUGAGUAUUGGUCCCUCACUGGACUUCUUCACUCAGAGUCAAAAUUAAUAUAUUGUUCUGGAGUUACUGAUUCAGAAACUUGUGAAGUUUCACUUCUAGGUAGGCCUCCCUUUUAAGACACGGAGAGCAUUUAUAGGCCAAAAUACACUAUUUUCAUCUAAUGAAAUUAUAGUACUUUGAGUAUCUUGACAUUUGAUUCUUGUUUUUACCAAAUGCUCUCCAAUUUUUACAUCCCUCUACUUUGGUUAAAACUGCCAGUUGGAUUUUGUUGUUGUUGUGUCCCUUCAAGUUGUUUCUGACUUAUGGUGACCCUAAGGCAACCCAGAAAUCAACGAGAUGCCAACAAAAUGCUGAACAUUUCACAUUAAUUUUGAAGUAGGGAGUAAGUAAUAACUCAGGUCUCUUUCAUACUACACUAUUAGACCACUUUGGUACCAGUUUAAUUGCCACGUUUGCUAUCUGACCAAAUCCUAAAAUUUGUUGUGUCAUGAGGCAUUUUGAAUUCUUUGCCAGAGAGUCCUGUGUAUGUGUAGUGUUUUCUCUAGGAACUUUAGGUUCCCCAGCACUAUGCUAUGGUCAACUUCUGGCACAGUUCUGCUGUAAGACUAGAGAUUCCUAGAGGGACCAUAUUAAUCAAAACAGCAAAUAAUCAAAUCUGCAAAUGAGGAGAGUCAACUGUAUAUGAA